CACGGCGUUCUUCCGGAUUUGCUGCUGCAGAAUAGCAUUAGCACAAAAAUCUUUGUCUCAUUAUAGCUUGAAUUUCUUCAUUUCAUAAGUAGCUAUUGGUUGCGAGUAAUGAUGAGCCGCACUCCCGAUGCAAGAGCGAGAGACACCCAGACCAAGCAGAUCCAGGAGAACAUCACCGGUGUCGAAAAACACUUCGGAGAUCUUUGCCAACUGUUUGCUGCCUAUGUUCGUAAAACUGCAAGGCUGCGAGAUAAAGCAGAUCUCCUGGUCAAAGAAAUCAGCAUUUACGCUGACACAGAGACACCAAACCUAAAAUGUGGACUCAAGAAUUUUGCAGAUCAACUAGCCAAAGUUCAAGACUAUCGGCAAGCAGAGGUGGAGAGGCUGGAAGUGAAGGUUAUAGAGCCUUUGAAAGCAUAUGGGAAUAUUGUCAAAACAAAAAGGGAGGACCUGAAGCAGACCCAGAGUGCAAGGAACAGAGAGGCCAAGCAGAUGCAGCAGCUGGAAAGAAUGAGGCAGAGAAACCCCUCCGACAGACAGAUCAUUUCACAGGCUGAGAGUGAACUCCAGAGAGCCACAAUGGACGCCACACGCACGACUCGCCAGCUGGAGGAGACAAUAGAUGACUUUGAAAAGCAGAAGAUUCGUGAUAUUAAGAAAGUUUUGGGUGAAUUUGUGACGGUGGAGAUGGCGUUCCAUGCCAAGGCUUUGGAAAUUUACACCACCGCUUACCAGCACAUUCAGAAUGUAGAUGAGGAAGGAGACCUUGAGGUAUUUAGGAAUUCACUGCACCCUCCUGAUUACCAGUCACGUUUAGAAAUCGUUCGUGCCAAUUCUAAACUGUCCCUGAAUCGAACUGGUACAUCAAUGAGUAAAUCAGGAACAAUGCAGUCAAGAACAUCAAGCAGACAGAGGAAAAGGGAUGACGAAGAAGAUGAGGAUGAGGAGGAAGAUGACGAAGAUUUGGAGGAAGUGACUGAUGAUGAGCAUUAAAGUCAGAUAUCCUCAGCAUUUUCACACAGCGACAUUCCUGGACUGUACUUAAGAGGGUUUUUAAAGGAGAUGAAUGACAUUAUCAAAUUAAUUAGCAUCACUGGUAAUAAAUGGAAUGGUAGCUGAGCAAUGUUAGUUUAAGAUGAGUGCGUUGUAUAUGCGUUUGCUCACUUGUAAAUCAUAUACUAUGAAAUUAUACAGAUUAACAUCUUCAAACAGAGUUUUCUAUUAAAUUUUAUUAACAAA